AUGGUUACUAGAAGUAGCUCCAGAAGAUCAUCGGAGAGUUUGAGCAGUGAAAUAUCCGAAAAGAAUAUUAUUCCGCCAUGGUGCUCCUCAAGAAGAGUUUACGAAAGGAGGAAACCGAGGAAAGUUGUUACCUGCAUGAAAUCAUUAUACCCUCUACGGGAAAACAUAUGGGAGUACCUUAAUAGUGACAAGCUUGGAGACCUUGACAUCGCAGAGCGGAAGAACAAAAAGAGAUUAAAAACACAAAUAAAAGUAAAGCGUUUCAAAAGCGGAAACGCUAAGCUACUUAUAUUUUUAUUACUCGCUUUGGGAUUAAUGGUGGGCAUAGAUACAACGUCAGUGGGCGAGGAAUGCUGCCACCGAAUGAGGCAUUUAGCGCUGGCAUUAAGGCGAGCUGAGCAGGCAUUGAGCGAAGCACUCAAAAUUCGCAAAACGGUGCUAAUAUCACAACACUUGGAUACAGUAUCCACACAAACAAUACCAAGUAACAAAGUGUACAUAGAGGGUGCUAGAGCGUUCAGGGGUUCGAACACGGUUGAGUGGGGGGCUCAAGCCGCCCUAUGGGGUGUGGUCCCUCUGUACCGAGCAACUCCACCACCUGAUAUAAUACUAUCGUUGAGAAGACCUAUACCUUCAGAUUGCUGGUCUAUUAGAGGAUCAUACGGAGAAGUAAUUAUAGAACUUCCGAGGAACUUGCGAGUGGAUAUUUUAAGUCUGGAACAUAUCCGCCCUGAUACAGCCCACAGUGCGCCUAAAAACUUUACAGUUUACGGCAUUCUAGUAAAUGGAACAUGGAUAAAAGUAGCAGACGGAAUGUAUCAAAACAACAAAGCAGCGAAACAAUACUAUCACUUAGAUCCCAGAAACAGUCCAUUGCAACAAGUUGUUUUCAGAGUUUUGUCAAACCAGGGCAACCCGAAGUACACCUGUAUAUACAGAAUUCAUCUAUAUUGUAGCAUAUAA